AUGACGUCGGAGCCGCGUCCGGCAGCCCUGCAGAAGCUUGACCAUUCGCCAGAGCCUUCUGGUGCCGGGCCUCUGGCGCGUCAAACCUUUCGCGAAACGUGCGAAGCUCCUGUUACCGUUCUCGCCGACGAAACGUUGGGGAAGUCAGCGUGUCAGCGGAGACCAGUCGCUGCGCCGGUGGGAGCUGCGAACGUCGACGGCGGCCCGUCUGAUUUCGCCGUCUUCACUGACGGACGAACGAUUGGAUUGACGAACGAGGAUGGGGGCACGCGCUCCGUUUCCUGUCCCGAGUCGCGGUCAAGAAACCCGUCAAGUGCGGAGCAGCAGCCUACUGCUGCUGCGCAAUCGCACUCGCAAUGUAUCGACGCGGAAACCGUUCCCGCGGUGCCCUCGCAGUCUCCCGACAUCGGCGCUGCUUCGUGUCCGGCAGAAGAAUCCGAAGCGACACGAGCUGACGCGGAAAACGGAAUUCAAGUGCGCGAGGCGAAGGAAGCGGAGGGAGAGAGAGGAGCGAGAGGAGGGGAACGAGAACCUGACGACGCGGGAAACUCGCGCGACGCGGGAAACGCGGGAGACGGGGAAGAGGAGCGAGAGUGGACGUAUGGGACUUGUGUGGAACGAGAAAAAGAGCGAUCGGUGGAUGCGGACGGCAAUGAUGCCGACGCGGACGAGGAGCAUGCUGACGUGGACGUGGACAGAGAAGGAGCUCUAUCGGAGCAUCAAGAUUGCGUGGCGGAGGGGGAGGCGGAAGAGGAAGAGGCGGAGGAGGGGGAGGCGGGGGAUGACGAGCAGAUGGAUGAAGAGGAAGAGGAGAGACAUGUGAGAGAAGAGGGAGAGGAGGAAGAUGAAGGGGAGGAGAGAGAAGAGGGAGAUGAGGAGGAGGCAGAGGAGGAAGGAGAGGAAGACUUGCUUGCCAUUCCUACGGACGACAUUGCGGGCCCCAUUGAGCUGUUGGGCUCCUCUCACCCAGGCUACCCCGUUGACCGCGUUGACCCCGUGGGUCGCGACUCAGCUCACCGAAUGAACGGCGUUGACUCCGUUGACCCGAUGGACGGCAUGGGAUGCCUGGACGGGUUGGAGACGCGCUGCCUCGCGGAUUUCGAGGACAUGCUGCCCGAAGGCGACGCGAUCGACAUGCUGGGCGACGAUUGCUUGCUGGCGCUGGGCGCGGGGCUCUUCGCGGACGACCUGGCCUCGCUCCUGCCCAUGCCACCGCAUCACCCUUCCGCCCAUGCCAAACCUUCCUCCGUUGCUGCCCCCCCGCGCGCUUCCGCCCCCUCCGCACGCGCUCCCCCGCACGCUGCGGCUGUGGCGGGCAAGACGAGGCGCGCGUCUCACAGCAGCGCCGCCGGCCUCCUGAGGAACGCCAAGGGCGGGAGCUAUGGCAGUGAUAACGGCAACGGCAACGUUAAGAGAAGUGGCGGAUCCAUGGCGAUUUCUGUGGCUCGAAAAGAUUCGAUUUGUGGGUAUUCCGGUAGCCCUAUCUCCACCCUUGCUCCUCUGCACUCCUCCUGCUACUCUCUCCCCUCCCCUUCGUCCCCCCGCUCCCCGCCGUCCCGCUCCCCCCGCUCCCCUUCUGCCCGCGCUCCCUCCGCCUCCCCUUCCCCCUCGCCGCUUGACCGCCUCUUGCUUUCCCCCAUCCCUGGCAAACGGCCAAGAUCUCACCGGCCCCUCGUUCGUGGGCGAACCUGGACCGUGGAGUCUGUUUUCCAGCUGCCCGAAAGCGCGGUCGCGGCGAAUGGCAUUGUGAAGGCCGCAGCGGGCAUAGAUUCGGGGGCAGAUGGGGCACUAAGCGGCUCCCUGUCGUCAGCUCUUCCUAGUCUUUCUGGGGCUUCGUCAUUGGCUGGCGAGAUUGAUACUGGUGGUAACCUGGCGACUGCACCACCAGGGGCGGUGAAAAGCCCUGCUACCCCCUCUGCUUCCACUGGCGCUACUGCUGACGGUACUUCCUCUGCUGCCGCUGCUGCUGCUGCUGCUGCUGGCGAUUCUUCUGCAGCAGCAGCGGGAGCAGCGGCGGCGAGCGGUGGUGCUGCUGCUGCUGGUGGUGUUGUGCGGCGCUGCCUGCACUGCUCCGUGACAAAAACCCCCCAGUGGCGAGCCGGGCCGUACGGGCCUAAAACCCUCUGCAACGCGUGCGGAGUCCGCUACAAGUCGGGGAGACUGUGCGCGGAGUAUAGGCCUGCUAACUCCCCCGAGUAUGUGGCGGAAAAGCACUCGAAUUCCCACCGUCGGAUCGUGGAGAUGCGGCGGUCUGUGCUCGCCACGUGGCAGCAGCUGCGGCGGGUCGGGGACGGGGUUGAGGAGGAGGGGGAAGAGGGGGAGGGAGGGGGAAUGGGAGUGGGAGGGGAGGGGAGGGCGAGGGAGGAGGAGAAGACGAAAGGGAAGGUGAGAGAGGUGAAAGAAGAAAGGGGAGCAGCUAGUGAGGGGGUAAGUGAGGGGGAUGAGGGGAGUGAGGGGGAUGAGGGGAGUGAGGGGGAUGAGGGGAGUGAGGGGGAUGAGGGGAGUGAGGGGGAUGAUGGGGGUUUGACCGGGGAAGGGAGUGAGGCAGGGGUGGCAGGGUUUAAGGGGACGGAAGGAGGGUUGUUGUCUCCUUUCUUUGAGUAUCGGUGCCAGUAUAAGAAGGGAGGAGGGAGGAGGAGAACGCGAGUGGUGGAAGAGGAGGAAGAGGAGGAGGGGAGGAGGGAGUGGGAGGAGGAAGGGGAGGAUGAUGAGGAGGGAGAGGAGGAAGAGAUGGAGGAAGAGUGGGAGGAGAGAGAGGAGUGGAGGGAGAGGGGGGAGAGGGAGUGGAAAGGACCGAAGCGGCUGCAGAGGCUUGGCAAGGGCCAGGGGCGACAGCAGAGGUUCGGUGUAGGUAGGGGCGGGAGGCACAGGCUGGGGCAGGCGGGGGAGCAGGUCGCGGGGAAGCGGGUGGGGCAGGUGGAGGGGAAAGGGGAGGCGGAGCGGAAAGGACGGGAACACGGACAGGAGCAACUGGGGACGGUGCUUUCUGCGUCUGUGAAGAGACUGAAAACCACCGGUCCUAAUCAGAAAGUGUCGGUCAUUUAG